GUUUCGUGGCCCUUUUUGCUGUUCCUCUGCUUUCUUUCCAUUUCAUUUAGUCCGACGACGCUUACACCAUGAACUUCCAUUUCAUUGUUGCCGAUUCUCUCCAGAAGCUAGUGGUUCUGUUUGCCCUGUUUCUUUGGCAAUUCUUCAGCACACGGGGCAGCAUCGAGUGGACGAUCACUCUCUUCUCCCUCUCCACCAUUCCCAACACCCUUGUGGUCGGAAUCCCACUUUUGGGAGCCAUGUAUGGGGAGCAAAGAUUCUCCUCAAGGAACAAUUCCCUGAAAAAGCAGCCUCCAUCGCUUCCAAGUUCCAUCCAUGUUGAUUCCGAUGUCACCUCCCUCCGUCACUCUGAGCAAUUGCAAGCCAACGCCGAGAUCAGUGACGUUGGGAAACUGCAUGUGGUGUUGCGUAGAUCAUCAACUGUGUCGUCAUUAAAAUCCAAAAAUAUGUCUCCGACUCCAAGAGCAUCCAACCUCACUGGUGUAGACAUCUACUCUUUACCCUCGACUAGAGAACCGACGCCGAGGGGUUCUAUUUCCAGCUUCAACGAAGCCGAGAGCUUGGGAAGGAGGUGCAUUAACGGCGACUUGGGCAACCUUUUUAAUCAAAGACGGCACAAUUUUGCCACAUCUGAUACUUAUAAAUCAGAAAUAAGUUCUUGGCCAGAUAUGAUCCCUCCGGUGACCGGAACUGUACUUAAUGACAACAACAGCACAGAGGUUAAGGUUGAGGUUGCAUCUGAGUUCCCCGGCGACGCAUCCCCUCUGGCUACUAACCAAAAUGAAGCCAAUUGUGAGGCUAAGGAAGAACUGCAUGAGAUGCCUCCUGCGGGUGUCAUGAUAAGGCUUGGUCUUCUAAUGGUAUGGAGGAAGUUGACAACCAAUCUCAAUACUUAUGCAUGUGUUAUAGGCUUAGUAUGGUCUCUUAUAUCAUUCAGGUGGAACAUGGAAAUGCCAUCUAUCAUAAAAGGAUCGAUAACGAUAUUAUCAAACACAGGUCUUGGAAUGGCAAUGUUCAGUCUUGGCUUGUUCAUGGGGUCACAACCUAGCAUCGUCUCUUGUGGCAAAAGGUUAGCGAUUUUUGCCAUGGUCAUCAGGUUCUUGGUAGGCCCUGCUGUGAUUGCUGCAACUUCUGCCGCUGUAGGUCUUCAAGGCACUCUUCUUCAGGUCGCAAUUCUUCAGGAUCAUUUUCGGGUUGCUGAUUGCCUUGCCCAUAACCAUAAUCUAUUAUCUGCUUCUUAGCCAGUAAAAAAGCAAUAUUAUAGUAUUGGAUAAAGUAAUGCACCACUGACAGUGACUCAAGUUGUAGCUGACCACUUUAGUUUUCAUAUGGUUAUGUUGGGGGUUCGAAUCAUCUCCUCCCUCCCAACUUAGCCUCAAUUGCAACAAAAAAAAGUUGAUUAAUAAAUAAAUGGUGGUCAU